ACCGCAGUAAAGGAAGCCAUCUUCAGCUUUCCUGUUUAAGAUCUUGGUCAUCGUUUGUGGUACGUUUCUAGUAUCUUUUUUUGUGUUUUAACUGAAGAUAUAUUCUUGAACUUUUUUACAAAAUAAAUAUUAUUAAUAUAUUUUUCUGCCAAACGUCCAAUAUGACCGACCGAUACAACAUUCACAGCCAGCUGGAGCAUCUGCAGUCAAAGUACAUUGGGACUGGCCAUGCCGACACCAGCAAGUGGGAAUGGUUGGUGAACCAACACCGGGACUCUUACUGUUCCUACAUGGGACAUUUUGAUCUGCUCAACUACUUCUCCAUUGCUGAAAAUGAAAGCAAGGCCCGUGUACGCUUCAACCUCAUGGAGAAGAUGCUACAACCCUGUGGCCCUCCGGCAGACAAGCCAGAUGACGCAUAAAUCAUCUGAGGAGGGAUUAUUUUGUGGUGUAGUCAUCUGUUUCAGUGGCCUGAAAGGAUAGACAUUGUGAACAUAAAGGACGUGAAUAUAUAUCUUUUUCCCCUAUAAUUCAUUCAGACAUUGCAUAACACACACUGUGCCAAAAUUGUAUUUUGAAUAUUGCUGAAACUAUUUGUGGGAAUUGAACCUUUGUACUGUGAUUUUUCUCUGAGCUUUUGAAUUUUUAUUUUCAAGUUGGCUUGUGAAAGUGAACGGAUGCAUUGAUACAAUAAAAAUGCUGUGUCUGGCAAAAAAAUA